CGCCCGACGUAGACGUAGACGGCGUAGAGUGCCGCGGACGACGGGCCGCACGCCGCCCGUAAAUAUUCCUCCGGUGCUUCGUGACCGACAGACUUACGCGGAUAAAGCCGUCCUUUCAGCGACAGCGAACAGCAACAGCAGCAGCGGCAACAGCAGUAGCUGAAGAUGGUCAGCGGAGUGACGGAAGGUGGACCUCUGAUUCGACCCGUCGAGCCCGUCUCGACGGCGACGCUGGUGACGCUAUGCAUCGGCGCCGCUUUCCUACUUUGCGCCGUCGCGAUGACCUGGUGGCUCUGCCGACGGCGUCGCGAGCACACCAAGCUGAGCUCCGACAAAUCCCUGGCGUUCAGACCGCCGCACCGGAAGCCCACGGCGGUUAAGAGCCCCGGCAGCACGAGCCAUUACCUGAAGAAGAGCCCGUCGCCGACGGGGCCGGCCAAGAGCCCUCCCGGCUCCGGCGGGCAAACGCCGAGCCCGACGGGAUCGCAGUCCUCGAACCCGGCGUCGCAACCCCGAACGCCGCAGAGUGCAGGUACACCUGUGCAAACGCCGCCGGUCGAAGUUGCCGUGAGCAUAGAAAACGAGCGCGACAAAGCCGAGCUGGAGAACAACGAGAAGGUAGAGCGCGAGAAGAGCCAAACAGCCGAAAACGACAAGGACAACCUGGGCCAGCUCGUCUUCAAGCUGCGAUACCGCAGCGAGCAAAACGCGCUCGCCGUCACGGUGGUGAAAUGCAAGGGGCUGCCUGCCAGGGGCCAGCAGAAUGCCACCAGCGAUCCUUACGUGAAGCUGCAGUUGCUGCCCGAUAAGCAGCAUCACGUGAAGACCAGAGUGCUCAGAAAUACGAGGGACCCGGUGUACGACGAAGAUUUCACGUUCUUCGGCAUAUCGCAGAGCCAGCUUCAGAAAAUCAGCUUGCACUUCAUCGUGCUGAGUUUCGAUAGAUACUCGCGCGACGACAUCAUCGGAGAACUGACGUGCGCUCUAUCAUCGGUGCCUGGUCUGGAGGACGCGGAUAAUCAAGAGAUAUCUCUCUGUCGAAAAAUAUGCCCCAGGAGUCUGAAGAUACAAUCGCAAGGCAGAGGAGAGUUGCUGGUGUCUCUGUGCUGGCAACCGGUCACCAGCCGGCUGACGGUGGUGGUGUUGAAGGCGCGCAACCUACCGAAGAUGGACGUGACCGGGCUCGCCGAUCCGUACGUGAAGAUUUACCUUCUAUACAAUCAGCAACGCAUCGCCAAGAAGAAGACGCACGUGAAGAAACGUACGCUCAGCCCGGUGUUCAAUGAGUCCUUCGUCUUCGACAUACCGAACGGCGCGGACGGGCUGAACAACGUUAGCUUGGAGUUCAUGCUUCUGGAUUGGGAUAGAGUUACGAAGAACGAGGUGAUCGGCCGACUCGAGUUCGGUGGACCAAAGUGUCAAGGCUCCGCUGUGAACCACUGGAAGGAGGUGUGCAGCUCACCGCGACGACAGAUAGCCGACUGGCACAAAUUGCGGGAGUAACUAGUCUCUCUCUCUCUCUCUCUCUCUUUCUCUCACUCACUCACUCACUCACUCACUCACUCACUCUCUCCCUCUCUCUCUCUUUCUCUCUCUGGCCCUACGUAUCAGCCCGAACCCCCCGUCUCUGAUUUCCUUACUUCCCCAUAUCUCUCUCUACCGUGAAACCACCGGUCCGACCCUUGAAACCCUACGACGAGGUAGGGCGUCUGUUUUGUAAACCUAAUACUCGAUGUAUAUUAGGCUUGAAGCGAACGGCUCGUCCACCCAUGAUCGCCGUCACCGUGCGGCGGGAAAUCGAUUCAUUGACAUUCAGGAUCAUUGAGUUACACUCCUCAUAAUUUUACGUUUUUCGAGUCAGAUAACUUUCAGUCCCGGAAGAGGACGGAAACGUCGACCGUUAAUGAGUUGAUACACGGCUGAUGGUCGCGAGAGGCUGAUCAAGGGGACGUAACGACGAGCGAUUGCGGGGUGACAGCUUGCAGGAUGCUUUACGAUAUAAAUAUAGUCAUUAAGAUUCCCGACCAGUUGACGAAACGAGACCACGGAGUUCCGGUGCGUGCGAAGCGAUCGGCUUGCCGAUUCUUAGACGUCGCGUCCUACCGAUGAAAAUGAGACAAACCUCCUUACCUCCCGUACAGCACAGACCUUCAGGGGUAACGUCCUAAAGACGUCCACGGGACGUCCUACAUCCCUACGUCCUAAGGACGUCUGUCGGACGAAGUGUGCUCUAGGGGCUCCUCGGCCGGAAUUUAGCUGAACGUGAAUGAAGUAAAAGUACCAAUGUCUGAACACGUGCCUGAUCUGUGGACAUUUUUAGAGUUUUGAUCUUUAAAUAUGAAUAUAUUAAUCUUUAAACAUAAAAUAUUUGUAUAUAUUCAAUAUAUGUAUAUAUGUUCCAUGUUGAAAGUUUGUACACUCAGAAAAAGGUUUCGUUAGAUUUUUCUGUUUAUCUGACUAAAAUUUGUUUCGUGACAGCAACAUGUACGAAAUAUUAUUCGUUGGAGUAAAAAUUUUAUUGUCCCAUUCGAGGAAACUCGGUUAUUUGACAGAAAGAACGCUAUUAUUUGAAAUGAUAUCUUUCAAUUAAAGAAAAUAUUAUUUGGUUACA